CCCCAUCCGUAGACAGGUCCCAUCCGUGUGCUGGUGGUCGUCUGUGAAGUCUAUGGUCAAGUGUCAAAUGACGUCACGUCAGCGACAUUCGCAUUCUCAUUAUUUUUAUUUCGCAAUUUCCAGAAUAUUAAUGGUACAGCACUAUUUUUAAGCGUUUUACCCUAGAAACCUCACUUAAAGAAAGCAGUGGAAUGGACAACCAGUACUACUACAAGUUAAUGGCGAGUUAUUUAUCGAAACGAAACUGCGACGAGUCUUUCAUGAGGUAUUUUUUUGGAAAAAAUGCAACAAAGAAAACAGCCGAAGAGCUGGAGCGGGCGGACGAGCGCAAACGAAGGCUGCAGCGUGAGAGGUCCCGGAGGUACAGGGCCCUGAAAAAUGCGCGACGGCAGCACGAAGGAGUGCGCGAGAGUGCGGACAACGAGGCCGCUGGGAGCAAGUCCUGCGUGUCCGUGGACGAGGAGCUGAGCGACGCGGACGAGCCUCCCACGCUAUGCGACCUGCGAUACGAUGACAAGUGGCGAGAGCCAUGUGCGUCGUCCGACUGCGCCUCGGACGACAACUCUGCGCACGGCGCGCCCGAGCGCCUCCAGCCCGCGCGCGACUUGAAGGAGCUGCUCAGCGCGCCUAACACUGAGCUGGACUACCAGACCGUGCACAGCCUCAUGUUCCACUGGCUGCAGACGUAGCAGGCCGCCGCCGCGCGCGCACCCGGACCAUAUCAUGCGACCACACGACUACUACUAGGUAUAUUCACACUUGUUGAUGACGAAUUACUAUAAACCAACUGCCCCCUUGCACCAAAACUUGUGACUAUCGCUGCAAUGAUUAUGUUAGUUUUUUGUAUCCUGCGGCUCAAUUCUACUAUUACUAGAGAUUGAGGUCUACUAUGUUUGCAAGUUUUAUAACAGUACUCAUGCAGUCACUCUGUAGUUUAUGCAACAAUAAGAGAAAGACUUGUUGCAAGUUAACUAGGAUUUAGUUUUCAUUUGCUAGUGCUUUUGUAUUUGCAGGAUGAAAAGAAACUUUAUGUGGAUUGUGUCCUUUGUGUUGUGGCUGACAAAAUUUGGUGCCAGGGCCAGUGAGUGUGCUUAAAUCCAAUAUGUAGUUUCACAUAUCGAGGCGUACGUGCAGCUUUUAUAGAAGUAUGAAGUUUCACAGUGGAGAGAACCGUCCUGCUCUAGAUUAGGGAAUAGUUUAUGUAAUGUCUUACUGUUACAGGCUCUUUGUGAUUUGUAAAGUAGUUGUACAGUGGUGAUGGGUCAGUUCUAUGGUACAUGUUGUUUGAGUGCAAGCUAAUUUACAUUUGACGGCACCAAACAUAAGUGAUUGCAAAAUAACCACAUGUUUAUUAACCAAUUUGAAAUCUUUCCCAUUAAAUAAAAAAAACUGUAAUUCUCCUUAGGGCUAGGAGAAAUGAGAACUGUGGAGCACUGCACUGGAUGUGUGUUAUGUUGUAAUCCAAAGUCCACAGUGCCUGAUAGAUUUUGUGUGUCAAAGCAAAGCACUCAAAAAAAAUGUUGAUUUCAGUGUUAGGGUAAGGUAAACAUAUCCACCUAGAUUGUAUUGAAUCACUUAACAUCUGUAUUUAAUAUGUAUCAAAAUGAAGGUUGUGCUCAAUUCUUAAAGUUUAGACACAGUGAAGUUGAUCUCCCAUAAGUGAAAUGUUCUAAUAAUUAUCAUUACGACUUGGCUUGAAACUGUGUAACCUCAGUUUUAACCCAAAGAGAAAAGAUUGAAUUGAAAAUGUCAGCCAUUUGGUCAAUGUCUGCUUAUAUUCUAAUUGUAAGCUUCUUCACUUGUAUCAAUUCUUUACACAAGGAAAGUGGAAACCCCUUACUCAAAACUAGUUUAUAAAUAUUCCAUUAGACAAUAAGUUGUUAAGUUGCCAUAUCCUAAUAUUUAGAUACUUGAUAUUAUAUAUGCAUAUAGAGAAGUAUAGAGUUUAUGUAUACCUAUAGUUUGUGAUAUGAUGAAUUUACAUUUUGUGCGAAAUCUACAACAUUAGCUGUACUAAUGUAGUAUUGACCUAGUGUAAGGAACAGGGUAUGAGUGGUGGGCCGACACUGCCCUUCAGUCUUCAGGCUGCUUGCCCUAUGAUGCAUUUUGAAUGAGAUUCACUGCCUAUACAUUACAUUCGGAACAUUCCUUGGUUUUAAACAAUUGCUAAAUGUGUUUUGUAUAUUCUUCGUUGAUAACACAGCAUUCCUAGUUUGCAUUAAUGUACUCAGAAUUGAACUGAGUCAUCUAUUCAUAUUAAAUUUAUUUAAAAAAAACUAAUUACUGAAACUGUCCAUAGAUAUGGAUUGCAAAGUUACCAUUCGUUGUUUGUUGUUGAAUUGCAGUUCAUAUUUUGGCACUGCUGCACUACACCUCAGUUUAGUAGCAGUUAGUUCCAGUUCUGCACUGUGUCCAAACAGCACUUUGCAGUUGGCUUAUAAUUUGAAUGCAGUCAGCCUAUAUAUAUUCAAACUAUAUACAGUGGCAUUUUCCAUACCUUUUUAUGUACUGAGUAUGUGGUCUUAAAAUCCAGCAAUUUAAUAACAUAACUUCUGUUGGCUAUCUUAACAAUAUAAAGAAUGGGUCAGAUCAUAUAUCUUUGCUUAUGUCUUGAACAUAAUAACAUCAAAGUUACUUUCAUACUGUGUCUUGUUGCUUUAGAGUGUUUUAUUUAUAUCAGUCAUAGAAUUAUUAUACUAUGUAACUUAAUAAUACUCAAAAAACUUAUUGCUCUCUUGUAACAAAUUAUUAAUAUAAGGCAAAACAUUGAAAUUGAAUAGCCAUAUUAAAUUAAUAUUACACCUCCAAGGUGGUCUUAGACAAUAUUGUUAUGUUUAGAACAUAGACUUAUUAGUAUUACUGUAUAUUGAAAUUUAUAUAUAUAUGCUUUUAGUUACUUAAGAGUUAGAAUUAAUAAUUUUUUUUAAGGUAUCUCUUUAUUAUAAGAUCUCUACAUUUUUUUUAAAAUUAGAAUCUGCCUCUACCAGUUUUGUUUUUAGCAAUGUUAUGGUUAUUGGAGUUUUUAAAUUGUAUUAAUACAGGAUGAGAUUAAAGGAAGGCAUAUAAUAUUUAUAUUAGAGAUGAGAGAAACCAAGUCUUCAGAGUAACAAAAAAUAUAGGCACUGAUUAAUCUUUUUUUUUUUUUUUUAAUAAGAAUGUAUAUCUAAUUCUUUAAUAGUAAUGGCUAACCAUUUAAUCUCCCUGACCACUCCUGAAAUAUCACCCUGUUUAGUUUGUUUUAGUGAGUGAAUGAGAAGAGACAUACAUUAUAAAGUAUGAAAUGUCCAUGAAGUAGAUAGACAAUGGUGCUAAUUCAGUUUAACACAAAUCCAUAACUAAGGUAAAUUUAACUCAAAAACAGUGUGUUACUUUUCAGGUCAUUGCAUGACAUAGCCAACCUAGCACCAUUGCCUACCAGCCAUACAUGCUAGUUAGAUUAAGAGCUCCCGCAAACUACAGACUUACAGAUUGUUAGUGGCUAGCUGGUGAUCAUUGAAACUAUGUCAACCACUAUAAAAUUAAAUAACAUUGAUGAUGAGAUUUGGUUGAUUCUUCAAUAAAGCAUACAAUGCUAGGUCAGUGCUUUGAGACCAUUAACAUUCAAUAUUUUAAACUUCAUGCAUUUUGUAUUGAUAUAGGCAGAUCCAUAUUGAUAUUGGGCAUGUAUUUGUAAAUUAUGUACAUGCUUAUAUAAGCAUAAUAGACUAGGUACAUGGACUACAUGGAUGAAUAAGUUCUAAAUAUAAUUUUCCAAUUAGCAUGAAUACAUGCCAUACAAUAUCAAAACUUUCUUUUACUCAAGGGAUUACUAAUUGUAAAAUUCAAAAUUCAUUUAUUUCAAGUAGGCCUAAUACAAGCACUUUUGAAACGUCAAGUCUGUCCGUGUGUAGUGACUCUACCACCGGUUCGGAAGGCAGAUUCUACCGAGAAGAAGCCGGCAAGAAACUCAGCAGUUGCUCUUUUCCAAUAUCAGUUGUAUUUUCGAAUAUCAGUUUUUGUAAACUGGUACUCAUAAAUGACUAUUACAAUAAUUCUGUAAGUAUUAAACGUUAACCGUGGUAUUAAGAAUGAAUAUGGCAAGUGCUAUUAUUUUAAAAUGUUUUUUUUUAAAUGUCCAAAAAAAAUUAUAACUCUGAAUCUAGAGCGUUGUUGUAAUAGGUACUGCACAAGCAAUGGUAUGAUGGUAGAUGGCCUAUAUGGCAUCUUUGAUAUAAAAUUUAUUUCAUUGUAUCAGUUUCCGAACUUUGCGUGGCGCAGUUGUGUGCGGCGUGUGGCGGCACGUUGCUGUUUGCGGAGCCAACCAGAUCCAUCAUCGUAUCAAAUUCAAAUAGUUCGUAGUUUGCGACGCCCUCGUAUCCUAAUAGUCUUAAGUACAUUUUAUACAAUGUAGGUGGCGCUAGUAAAGUGCGUAAAGAGAUGUGAUGACGACACUGGUGCUUCACUUAGUUAAUGAUAGAAUCCUUAAGUUUAUUAAGUUGUUUCAAGUUUGCCACGGACCCGCCUCAUUAAAUCGAUGUUAAUACAGAACCCUGGGGCGAUGAAUAUAGGCGGCGAGCCUUGUUAUUGUAAAGCAUAUGUUUAAUGUUUGAUUUGGGACCUCGUAAGUGCAAUGAGCGAGGAAAGCUUAUUUAUGGCCCUACCUCAACAUACUAUUUGUUUAAAUGUGCGUGCAUGCGUUGUUUUAAGAUGUAUGUUCUUGACGCUAUUUUAAAAUAAGCAUAUUAUUGGUUCCGCCUACUUAUAUUCAGCGCUCCGAGAAGAAAACAUUGAGUAUGCUUUCAGCUGACCGCAAAUGACAGCAUGCGCAGAAUAAAUUAUUUCGAUACCGUGGUCACUUGAUGACGUCAUUUGGAUUUUUGUGCUAUACAACGCGUUGCGGCGGCGCUUGUUGUAAUGUGCUGAAAGCUCAAAGCAUUGUUAAUCUCUGUCAUUUGUUACAAAAUAUGUAUUGUUUCGCUUGAGACUGCGCGGCUCCGGCGUGCUCCCGUCUUACAUAUCAUAGUAUUGUUGAUCCAAACUAAUGCGGUUUUCGUAGUUUAAAUGUUGCCGACAGCGACACUGGCGUUUCCAUUAGCGUCGAUGGUGCCCCAGGGGGCAGGGGGCCUUGUAAUGAGGCGCUGCUGAGCGCGAUGGCUGGUUAGAUGUGGCAAUUGACAAACGCUGCCUCGGAACAGAAUCACGUGUCACACAUUUAGAUGUACUGUGUAGGUACUGUAAGGUAGUGCCAUAUUAAAGAGCUUCCUAUUUUUAAA